CCUCUAAAGGAGUACUCCAGGUGUAUGGAACGUCCAUCCCCCAGAUGUGAAGAAAUCCUAGAAAACAGAAAACAAGAAGAUGUCUUGUUGAGAAAGACCUCCUUCGACUUGACCAUGAGUCAAACGAGGAAGAAAAGUUCCUCAGAUGGAGAAACCAAACCCCGGACGUCAUUUGUCAACAAAUUCCUCAGGGGCUCAAAACUCAGGUCCUCCAAAGCGGAAAGCAGAAACGAGAGCAAUGACCUUAAAACAGCUGAUUCCCAGCCCAGCGAUGAGACACAGAAGACUGCCACCUUAGACACCGCCACGCCUCUCACUUCAGAAACGGAACUGGGAUGCCAGGUGGAGCAGUUCCUGCAGAAGCUGGGCAGAAAGGCUGUGGACACGUGUCUAGAUCUGAGUAACUGCGGGCUAACAACAGCGGACGUGAGGGAGAUGGUUGCUUUGCUGCCUUUUCUCCCGGACCUAGAAACACUGGACAUUUCCUGGAAUGAUUUUGUGGGUGGAACCCUCCAUUCAGUCACUGAGCAAAUGCAUCUUGUCAGCAAGUUAAAAAGCCUGAGGCUGGGUAGCUGCAGACUUACCACCGAUGAUGUGCGAGCACUGGGAGCAGCGCUUAAAGCGAUACCUGACCUUGAGGAGCUGACUUUGUCCUGGAACAGUAAAGUGGGAGGAAACUUGCCUCUGAUCCUCCAGAAGUUCCAAGCCGGGAGCAAGAUCCGAACGCUGGAGCUGGUGGAUUGCGCCCUCACGUCAGAAGACGGGGCAUUUGUGGAUGCUGCUUUUAGACACUUAAGUGAGCUGAGGACACUCGACCUGUCCUGCAACAAGGAGCUGGGUGGAGGUUUUGAAGACUCGCUAGCUCAGGUGGCCACGCUGGAGCGUCUGGAAGUCCUGGACCUGCACCAGUGCUCACUAACAGCCGGUGACGUGGUGUCGCUGACCCAGGUUAUCCCUUUGCUCUCGAGUCUUCACGAAUUGGAUUUGUCUGCCAACAAAGAGAUGGGCAGCUCUUCUGAAAACCUACUCAGCAGGCUCCGAUUUUUACCGGCACUGAAGUCACUGCUCAUCGACAACUGCGCUCUGGAAAGGGAGACUUUUACCGCCCUCGCUGAAGCCUCCAUCCACCUCCCUGCCCUGGAAGUACUCAGCCUUUCUUGGAACAAGUGUGUUGGUGGCAACCUGAAGCUGCUUCUGGAAACACUGAAGCUUUCCACGUCCCUCCAAGUGCUGAGGCUGAGCAGCUGUUCCCUGGUGACAGAGGACGUGGCUCUCCUGGCAUCGGUAAUACACACAGGUCAUCUGGCCAGGCUGCGGAAGCUCGACCUGAGCUAUAAUGACAGCAUCUGCGAUGCAGGAUGGGCCAUCUUCUGCCAAAACGUGUGGCUCCUCAGAGAGUUAACGGAGCUGGAUAUUAGCCUUCGGCCAUCAACUUUUCGGGAUUGUGGACAAUGGUUUAGACACUUGUUAUGUGCUGUGACCAGACUUCCGGCGAUCACUGACAUAGGAAUGAAAAGGUGGCUCCUCCCAGCUUCACUGGAGGAAGAGCUAAAACGCUUGGACCAAGAUCGCAGCAGCAGCAUUCACUUUGACCAUGGCGGGCGUCAGUAAGCUGGUUUCCCAAGGUCAUGUAUAUGAUUCCAUGUAUAUAACAUUCUUGAAAUAACAAAAUUAUAGAGACAGAGAACAGCUCAGGGAUUGCGAAAGGGAUAGGUGGUAGAUGUGACUAAAAGGAAUAAUACAGUAAAGACCUGUGGUGAUGGAACAAUUUUGUAUCUUGAUUGUGGUGGUGGCUACAUGAAGCUACAUGAGACAAAACUGCAUUGAAAAAAAAACACAACAACUGCAUUGACCCCCACCACAACACACACGCACACACACACACACACACACACACACACACACACGUGAGUGUAUGUGUAACUGAUGGAAUCUGAAUAAGUUCUCCUGAUGGUACCAAUGUAGAUUUUCUGGUUUUGUUAUUGUAUUCUAGUUAUGCAAGAUGUCAACACUAAGGGAGGGUAAAGGGUACAUGGGCCUCUCUGUACAUUUCUUUGGAACUUCCUAUCCUAUAUAAUAAAAGCCUAAUAUGCUAA